UCCAACACUCGGCUUCUCACUGAGCAGGAGGGACUGUGACCUCCACUGCGUGCACACUUGGCUGUGGGACAGAGUAAGUACAGAACAAGGAGCGGCCACGAUGCAGUUCUGCCUCCUCCUGUGCCUGAUGCUCUUUACCCCUUCGGGUGCCAGCCUGCUCCGCCCCCGCUCGCGGGAGACGAAGAAGAGAGCCAAGGAGCUACCCGUGCUCAGCACCGCGGCCCCCGCCAGCAGGGACUUUGCCUUUGACCUCUACAGGGCCUUGGCUACGGCUGGCCCUGACCAGAACAUCUUCUUCUCCCCUCUGAGCAUCUCCACCACCCUGGCCAUGCUGUCCCUGGGGGCGCGAUCCCACACGAAGGAGCAGAUCCUGGAAGGCCUGGGCGUCCGUCCCCAGGAGGGCUCGGAGGAGGAGCUCCACAACACCUUCCACCAGCUGCUGCGGGAGUUUGCCCAGCCCAGGGAGGACGUCCAGCUGAGCCUCGGCAACGCCCUGUUCAUCAGCCCCGAGGUGCACCUCCAGGACACCUUCCUGAGUGCCAUGAAGACGCUGUACCUGGCAGACACCUUCCCCACUGACUUUGGGGACCCCGCAGAGGCCCAGAAGCAGAUCAAUGAUUACGUGGCAAAGCAAACUCAAGGCAAGAUUGCGGACUUGGCAAAGGACCUGGAUAGCACGGAGGUCAUGAUUAUGGUGAAUUACAUCUUCUUUAAAGCUAAGUGGAGGACAAGUUUUGACUACAAAAACACCCGAAAGCAGGAUUUCCAUGUGACCUCGGAGACCGUGGUGCGGGUGCCCAUGAUGAAAGGGGAAGACCAUUAUUACUACUUCCUGGACCGAAAUCUCUCCUGCAAGGUGGUGGGUGUCCCCUACCAAGGGAAUGCCACCGCUUUCUUCAUCCUCCCCAGCGAGGGCAGGAUGGAACAGCUGGAGAACGGACUGAAUGAGAAAACACUGAGGAAGUGGCUCAGGAUGUUCACAAAGAGGCAGUUUGAGCUCUACCUUCCCAAGUUCUCCAUCGAGGGCUCCUACCAGCUGGAGAAGGUCCUCCCCAUGCUGGGCAUCAAUGACGUCUUCACCAGCCAUGCUGACUUGACUGGCAUCACCAACCACUCCGGCAUCCAGGUCUCUGAGAUGGUGCACAAGGCUGUGGUGGAGGUGGACGAGUCGGGGACCAAAGCGGCUGCAGCCACAGAGACCAUCUUCAUGUUCAAGUCAGCUCCGAUGAGCUCCCAAAGGGUCAUAUUCAACAGGCCCUUUUUGAUGGUCAUUGUGGAGAACUCCACGAAUAUCCUCUUCGUUGGCAAAGUGACCCACCCCUGAGGUGGGUGUGUCUCCUGGAAGGUCACAGGUGGUGGAAGUUGAAGGCACACCGUGG